AUGGGCCCCUGUACCGCCUCCUCAUGCUGCUGCCAGGCCCGUAAUCUGCCAUGGGCCCCCGUACCAACUCCUCAUGCUGCUGCCAGGCCCGUAAUCUGUCAUGGGCCCCUGUACCGCCUCCUCAUGCUGCUGCCAGGUCCAGAGUGUGUCAUGGGUCCCUGUACCGCCUCCCAUUGCUGCUGUCUCCAUCGCCACACUCUGCCAUGUGCCACUUUCAGGUCUCCUCACACUGCUGGUGGGUUUCCAUUUUGUCAUAGGGUGCUGUAUGGCCUCCCAUUGCUGCUGCCUCCACCGCCACACUGUGGCUCCACACUCUGGUUUUGGCCCCGUGACUGCCCAAAUGAGUGAAGUGUGCGGUGAUUCUAAGAUCGACGGCACUCAUCUGCAUGUCAUACUGACUGACAGUAUUAUUUCUCUUCCCCAGCAGACUCCAAGGGCAUUUAAAUUAAAGGUACAGUGUUCUGCACUAAUAUAA